AAGAAGAAAAAAGAAAAAAAAAAAAAGAAAGAAAAGGAAAAAGAAAAAAAAAAAGUAAAAAAAAUAUUUAUUUUUUUUUCUGAUUUUUUAAAUUUUUUUAAUAUUUAUAAUUAUUUUUUAAAAUUAAUAUUACAUGGACCACUAAAAAUUUGCCACGUGUACAAGUGUGUACACGUGGACAGUCCACCGUGGCACUUAACUGUCAUUUUUUGACGGAGGUGUGCAGAGCAAAACGGAACCAAGGUUUAGGUAGUUUAGCCGCCAAAAAUUCAGUUUUUGUGGUUAAGUGUUACAAACUGUAAAGUUCAGGUGGUUUAGCCGCCAAUAUCCCGAUAGUAAUAUGUGACUUUUGCUGCAAAACAAUAUUAAAGUUUGCAUUUAAACAAUAGAUAACUGUUUAAAAUACAUUAAUUCAAUUUCAAUCUAUUAUUGUUGAUAAUCUCAAAACAGUGAUCUUAUAGAUAUAUGUAGUUAUGUACACACUUUUCUUUAUUGAAACAAAACAUCACUACUUGAUUGUAUUUUUAACAGAGAAAAACAAAAUAAAAUUUUAAUGGUAAAAAAAAAAAAAAACAAACAAACAAAAGAAAGAAUUGCCAGUGUGUAGUGUACCAACCAAGUAGCUUCUACACUGUAUGAAGAGUGAUAGGAAGAAGCCCUUCGUCAGGAAAUGAUUCAUCUUCCCACCCAUUUAUUACGAUUCUCAACCUUUACAAUCUUUACAAUCUUUCAAUCUAAUUGAUACUAAAUUAGAAACAAUCCUUACAAAAAAAAAAAAAAUGAUCGGGUCAACCCGUGGCCUUCGAACCCAACCAACCCGUCCAUUUCACGGGCGGGUAAGGGUACUAUUUUUUGAGCCCAAACCUGCGAACCCGAAAACUGGUAAAACCUAUCAGCCACCUUUCCCCAACCUUAAAACCAGAUAUCAUCCCACCAUCUCCAUUGGAGCCGAGCCCAGAAACCCAAAACCACCUUCUCCAUCUCAUUGCUGACGGUGGGUCCAGAUAGUUGAGUUUUGAUGAGAGUGAGUCACUGCUGUGCUGUUCCUCGAAUCUGGAGUUGGGAAAAUUCAUUAUGGUUGGUCUUUGACUCUUUGUUGGGCAUAUGUUAUAUCUGUAAGGCUGUUUGAACUGAAUUGAGCUUGUUUGCUGGUAUUGUGGCAAAUAAUCUUACAGAGCAAGCACAUUCCUUAGUGUGAAAAAGGAAAAUGGUGGCUGCAAUGGUUGAACACAUUUCAUCCAAAUCAUGGGCAUUCAGAUUCAGGUACUUGUCACAAAACUCAGUUUUGUUAAGCUCUCGUGUAUUCUGUUCCGAAAGCAGGGCAACCUCAAGCAACGAGGUUGAGACUGUUUAUGGCAUUAUAAGUAGCUCCCAGUCCUCAAGUAACUUGAAGCAAUUGUUGAAAUCGAGUCAGGUUUGCCUCUCAAACGAUUUGAUAGACAAGGUUUUGAAAAGAGUCAGAUUUGGCCAUGCCAACCCUUUGCAAACUUUUGAAUUUUUCAAUUACACUGGAAAUAGAAAAGGGUUUUUCCACAGUGCUUUUUCUUUGGAUACCAUGCUUUAUAUCUUAGGAAGAAGCCGUAUGUUUGACAAAAUUUGGGAUGUUUUGGAUGAUGUGAGACAUAAAGAUCGAACGAUAAUAACCUCACGCACGAUUAUGGUUGUUUUAGCUAGAGUUGCUAAAGUGUGUUCUGUUAGGCAGACUGUGGAAUCUUUUAGAAGAUUCAAAAGGGUUGUCUCCGAGUUUGAUACAGAUUGUUUCAAUGCUUUGUUAAGAGCAUUGUGUCAGGAGAAGAGUAUGACAGAUGCGAGGAAUGUAUAUCACAGUUUGAAGCAUAGCUUUAGGCCUAAUUUGCAAACAUUCAAUAUAUUGUUAUCUGGGUGGAAAUCAUCAGACGAAGCCGAGGGGUUCUUUGAGGAGAUGAAGUUGAUGGGUGUGAAACCUGAUAUUGUGUCAUACAAUUGCCUUAUUGAUGUUUAUUGUAAAGCUAGAGAAAUUGACAAGGCUUAUAAGGUGGUUGAGAAAAUGCGCGAGGAGGAUAUAAUGCCCGAUGUAUUUACACAUACUAGUAUCAUUGGGGGAUUGGGUUUGGUUGGCCAGCCAGAUAAAGCUAGAGAUGUUUUGAAGGAAAUGAAGGAAGACGGUUGUUACCCGGAUGUUGCAGCCUACAAUGCCGUGAUUAGAAACUUUUGCAUUGCAAAGAGGCUUGGUGAAGCUUACGGUUUGAUGGAUGAAAUGGCGAGCAAGGGUUUGAGUCCAAACGCAACCACUUAUAAUCUUCUCUUUAGAGUGUUUUAUUGGUCGAAUGACUUGACAAGCUCUUGGAAUUUGUAUGGAAGGAUGAUGAAGAUGGAGUGCCUACCCAACACACAGUCUUGUAUGUUCUUAAUUAGGUUGUUUAAGAGACAUGAAAGAGUGGAGAUGGCAUUGGUAUUGUGGAGUGAUAUGGUGGAGAAGGGUUUUGGGUCCUACAUGUUGGUUUCUGAUGUUUUGUUUGAUUUGCUUUGUGAUUUGGGAAAGUUGGUGGAAGCAGAGAGGUGCUUCUUGCAGAUGGUAGAAAAGGGCCAGAAGCCAAGUAAUGUUAGUUUCAGACGAAUAUGUGUGCUUAUGGAACUGGCAAACAAGCAAGAUAGCCUACAGAAUUUGACACAGAAAAUGGCCAUGUUUGGCACAGUAAUCAAUCCUUGUAAUAAUAGUGUUAGUGUAGAUGUUUCAACUCUCACUCAUUCCCCUCAUAAUUGAAUUCAAAAGUUUUUUGUUAAA